UCCGCCUCAGCCUCAGCCGCCUUCUCCCAACCCGCCCCCUCCCCUUCGUCGACAGCGCGACUCCAUCACUUGCCACUUCGCCGCAGAUGCAGUACUAGACCAUACGCACACAGAACAGCAACACGUCCAUCCAGCAAUCCUCCCCCCCAUCUUCCCACCAUGUCGUCUCGAUUCAAUCUCAAAACCCCAAAGAUGUUCAUCAAGACACGCUUCAACUACGAGAAAUUGCCCGGCGGCGACAGCCAGAGUUCCUCGCCCAUCAGGAUGGGUUCGUGGUCCAAGAACUAUCGUAGCCCCGUCUGGGCCCAGCGCCUGCAGCGCCCACGCAUGUCCUUCGCACGCCUGGUGAUGCUUGCCGUUGCUGCUGUCAUGCUGGUGUCCAUGCUGGCUACAGGCAUCUACAAGAGACGCAAGUGGCAUGAUCCCCAGCGCAAGUCGGACAGCCGGAAACUCUACCACUGGGAACACUACCCGCGACUCAAGGGUAUGUUCGGAGGUGUACGCACCCUGGUCUCGCACGACGACUGGGUACCUGAGCAGGACUAUGUCACAUAUUCCCAGAGCCAGGACCCCGCCGACAACAUCAAGCAGAAGUGGCCCACCAUGUCCAAGGAGAACAAGGAGCCUCCUAUGGACCCCCAACCCUUCAACCCUUACCCCGAUUGGACCUCUGAGCAGUACCUCAAGAAAUACGAGCCUGUAAAGACGUGCUAUCUGGAUGAGGAGGAGAAGAUCGACCUCCCUGACAUCUAUGCCUACCCGGGUAUCCCGCAGAACCAGUCCAAGCCCUUCUUCGGCUCUUACGAAGAGAUGGGCAUGGACGAAAAGGUCUGUUUCGAUCGAUUCGGUCGCUUCGGCCCCUACGGCUAUUCGUAUUCGCGUGAUCAGGGUGGCUUCGACUUGGCCACCAAGUUUGAGAAGGCUGGGUCGGAGCUCAUGUGGAGAAACGAGAAGAAGAUUGACUACAGGGAGGUCAACUGGGGCAAAGCUCAGAAACGAUGCCUGGCCAAAAACCAGGUUCGAUUCCAGAAGAACGAGACCAAGAAGGCCGAUCAGGAGCAACCCAAAAAGGAGAAGAUCAAGCGCCACGCCUAUGUUCUGCGCACCUGGACUGGAUACAAGUACAGCGACACCCAGAUUUUGACCAUUCGUGCCAUGAUCAACGAACUGUCUCUCAAAUCUGGUGGCGAGUACGAUGUCCACUUCUUGCUACACGUCAAGGACGACAGCAUCCCCAUCUGGUCCUCCGAGGAAAUGUACCAGAAGACCAUCGAAGACAACCUCCCCAAGGAAUUCUGGGGCAUGGCCACACUCUGGUCAGAGCAACAGAUGAAGAUGUACUACCCCGAGCCAUUCCCCAACAACGUCUACAACCAUGCCAAGGCUCCGGUGCACUCGGUCUACCGCAGCGCUCACUUCGCAAUGCAGUGGUUCUCUCAGGUCCACCCCGAAUAUGACUUUUACUGGAACUGGGAGAUGGAUCUCCGUCUCACUGGUCACUAUUACGAGUUCAACAAUAGGAUCGGCGAGUGGGCCAAGGAGCAGCCACGUAAGGGAUCCUGGGAACGUGCCUCUCGCUACUACAUUCCUGCUCUUCACGGUUCAUGGAAGAACUUCACCGAGAUGGUGGAGGAGGAAAUGUACAACAGCGAUGAGAAGCCUGUUUGGGGCCCGCCCAAGUUCGAGAACACUGGUAUGCUGGCAAGUCCUCCUGAGACCACCCCACCGCGCACAUACCUUGCGGACGACUACGAAUGGGGUGUCGGUGAGGACGCGGAUAUCAUCACCUUCAACCCCAUUUUCGACCCGGCCAAGACCAACUGGGUGUUCCGCGACGACGUUUCCGGUUACGAUCUCGAGCUCCCCGAACCUCCGCGACGCUGUGCCAUCAUUACCGUGUCGCGCCUGUCAAAACGCCUCCUCGAUCUUAUGCACCGUGAAACAUACCUGAUGAAGCACCACAUGUUCCCCGAAAUGUGGCCUUCGACGGUCGCUUUCCACCAUGGGCUGAAGGCUGUGUAUGCUCCUCACGCUGUAUACUUUGAUCACAACUGGCCGCUGGAAGCCAUUGAUGGUGUGUUCAACCACCCGCCUGCGCCUACCGACAGUGUCUUUGGCUGGGGGGAGCACAACCAGCUUGGCAACAGCUUCUACUUCAACGCCGGUUUCUCGUCGGAGUUGUGGCGUCGAUGGCUCGGUGGUCGCGAAUACAGUCAAGGUGGCCCCGCUGAGGAAGAAAACGGUACCGGCCGCAUGUGCUUACGGCCGAUCCUCUUCCACCCGAUCAAGCACGAAAAUCUUGCUACUUGA